AUGUCGUCCUUUGUCGGUUUAAGUACUAAUAAUAACAACGCUGCCAUUGUGCAUGCGUUGCUACUAAAUGUUAGUCAAGCUAAUUUCAAUCGACCAUUCUUUACAGCUACAUACCGUACAAAUUGGAGUAUAACAUACAUACCCGGUCCAUCAUCAUCAUUGUUAACAUCGACAAAUAAUCUAUCACCUAAUGAUGAUUAUUAUCCAGUUUGGUUAUUAAUUUUAAUUGCAAUAUUUGGUAGUGUAACAUCUGUAUUAACAGUUUUAGGAAAUAUUCUUGUUAUCCUUGCAUUUUUUCUUGAUCGACAAAUUCGACAACCAACAAAUUAUUUUAUACUUUCACUUUCUGUUAGUGAUUUUCUUAUCGGUCUUCUAUCAAUGCCUUUAUUAACAACUUACAUCUAUGCAAAAGAUUGGCCAUUAAACGCAAUUAUAUGUGACAUAUGGCUUUCAUUAGAUUAUACUGUUUGUUUAACUUCGAUUUAUACGGUGCUGUUCAUAACGAUCGAUAGAUUUUGUUCAGUUAAAAUGCCAGCUAAAUAUCGGAAAUGGCGUACAAAAAAACGAAUUAAUAUUAUGAUUGCAGUUACAUGGGCAUUUCCUACUCUAAUUUUUUUUACAUCAACAAUGCUUUAUCCACGUGUACGAGGAAUUUCAAAUCUUCAAAGUGGUGUUUGUGAUGUUCAAUGGAAUAAAAAUCAAAUAUUUAAUUUAUGUUUAACUAUUGGAUAUUUUUGGACAACAUUACUUGUUAUGAUUGUUUUAUAUAUUUUUAUAUAUGGUGUUGCAAGUAAUUUAGAAAAAAAAUCCCAAGAAAAUGCUCGUAAAAUGUCUUCACUUGUUGGUAUGGCAGGUAAUGCUAUGACACAAAUAGGUGUAGGUAUUGGAGUAAAAAAUUCACCAGCAAAACGUACACCAGUUAAAGAAAAUCAUAAGAGUGAAUUAACACAAACUCUUAGCAAUGAAUCUCAACCUAAUAUACAACGAAAAAAAUUUGUUAAACAAUUUAGUAAUAAUUCAUCGGAUCUACGACAAACAAAUGAUGGUGGUGAUGAUGAAGUAUCAAAUUCAUAUGAAUCUCAUUCCGAUCUUGAAGCAAAUAACAUGAAUGAAAAAAAAUUUCAUCUGUCAAAUGAUAAACUUUCUCAUCAUAAUCGUCGUGGUCUUAGUGUUAAUUGGGGUAGUAAUUCUACAACAGCUAUUAAUUCAAGUUCAACAAGAAAUUCACCCGUUCAUGAACAACAAUUAAAUCAAAAAUAUUCUUCAAAUGUUAAAUCAUUUGCACAUUCAUUUUAUCGUAGUCCAAUACGUUUAGGUGGUAUGAAAAAUAAACAAUCAACAAAUUCACCACAACCAUCAAUGGGUCUUACACCAAUACCAUCAGAAUCUGAACUUGUACCAGGUCGUAUGUAUCCUCCACCACAACCACGACCAGAAUCCUUAGCAAUUAUGUCAGACGAAUUAUUUCAUGAACGAUUAAAAGCACGACAAUCACCAUUACUUUCAACAAAUGAACCAUCACAACAAACAUCAUUAACUAUUACUAAUUGUUUAUCAAUAUCGUCAUUAAAUCUAGAUAAAACUUCAAUAGAAGAUAUAACGCAUUCAAAUCAAACAUUAACAGAUGAACAUAUUAUAGAAAUAAAUCCAUCAUCAUCAUCACCCGUGUCACAAUUAAAAAUAACUAUUGAACCAGUUGUUAAUAAUAAUAAUAAUAAUACUGAUGAAUCAUCCGAUGAAAGUUGGCGUUUACUUAAUAGUAAUAGUAGUCUUGAUAUACCAUAUAUUGAUGAAACUGAUUUUGAAGAUUUAGGUUAUAUUUUACAUCGUCGUUGUAUUCCAUCAAAAGAUUCCAAUGAACCAAUUCAAGGAGAAACUAUUGUUUAUAAAUCACCACUUUAUUUAAAUCCGAAAUAUCGAUCGAAAUCUUCUACAUCAUCUGUUCAUAAUAAUCAUGAUAAUUCACAAGAUGUGCAUAUAGAAACAUAUCCGUGUAUAAAUUCAAAUCCGUCCUCUAGAAAAUUACCAAUACGACAUUGUAGUUUACGACACGUACCACGUGAAAGUUUAUUAAAUAGAGAAAUGCAAUCAGCAUCAUUACCUAUAUCAUCAAAUGAUAUUUAUUCGACAACGUCCGCUAUUUUUGUUUCAUACACAAAAAAUUCAUUAUCUCAACCUCCAACUCCUCUAAAUUUAUCACCAUCAAAUCAUCAAAAUUCUGAUGUUGAACGUGCAUUAAUUGAAUUCUAUCAAUGUAGUCAAGUCAAUGAUAUUGAUGAUAAUUUAACUACGAGUGAAAGUGAUGUUUUAUCAAAUUAUAAAGAAAUGAAUCAUGAUACACCUUCAUUAUUACGUUUAAAUGAACAAUAUUCAUCAGCUUUUACUGAUGAUGAAUAUAGUUAUCAAUGUGAUAAUAGUUUUAUGAAAUUAAUGAUAUUAAAUAAAACAAAUCUUGAUACAACAAGUGAUGAUCAAACACUAACAAAUAGUAUUAGUUUAAAUACUUAUAGUCAAGAUUGUUCGAUUGAUAAAAUAUUUCAACCAUCAAAUUUAAUUGACGAAUUUUCACGAGAUAGUUGGAUUAGUCCAGCAACAUCAUCAUCAUCAUCCUCAUCAUCAUCAUCAUCUCAAGAUAUACAAAUUCCACAACAUUUUCUAUCAGCUAUUGAUAAAAAACGUAAUACAUCAUCAGAUUCAGAUGCAAUUACAACAACAACAACAACAUUAACUACUAGUACUAUAUUUGGAGGAAUUGAUAAACGAAAAAUUAGUGCAGAAUUACAAACAUCUGAACUUAGUCCAAUAUUAAAAAAACAUCAUUCAGAUACAUAUAUAAAUGAAAUUGAUUCAUCGUUAUCUAAUAAUCGAAAUGCAUCAAAAGUAACAUUUGAAAGUUUUGUUACCCAAACAUCUGUUUCAUCAUCACCUAAAACAAAAGAUCAAUGUGUUAUGGCACAAAUUGAUAUAAAAGAACACUUAGAUAAUUCAAUUCGUAUAUCGGAACAAAUUGAGCCAAAUAAAAAUGGACAAAUAUUUUCCGUACAUGAAACAACAGGAACUGGAACAAUAAGUUCAAAUUCAACAAAAUCAAGUGUUAGAGAACUCUUACAAAGUCAAAAAACAACAACACGAAGAAAAUCAAAAACACAAAAUAGAGCAAGAAAAGCUUUACGAACAAUAACAUUCAUUCUAGGCGCUUUUGUCGUUUGUUGGACUCCAUGGCAUAUCUAUUCAGCAGUGCAUUCAUUAUGCGAAUCAUGUAAAAAUAAUUGGGUAUUUUCAAAUCCAAUGUUUCAUUGUGUUUAUUUCCUUUGUUACCUUAAUUCACCGAUUAAUCCAUUUUGCUAUGCAUUAGCUAAUCAACAAUUUAAAAAAACAUUUACACGAAUAUUAAAAUUAGAUUUACGUCGAUUAUAA